UAAUUAGCCAGAGAGUAGGCCUAACUUAAGUUGGAUAACUGGCAUGGUCAAACAGUUUAAAGAAAUUAAUAGGAAAAAGUAUUAAUUGAAAAAUAUAUAUAUAUAUUUCUUGAAGCAGACAGUGGUCAGUGAGAGGGAGACAGAGAUGAUGGAAAGUGAGGAGGUGAAGAAAAGCAGUGAGAUGGAGGGACAAGAGAAAGACAGACAAAGAGAAAUGGAGGGGCUAGUUAGAAUGAGAAAGAGGAUUGAGACUUGCAUCAAGGUAGACCAGCAACGAUGGAAGCUAAAGAGAGACUUGUUGAACAAAGUUAACAAGAUGAGGGAAGAACAAGAGCAAGAAAUACAAAGAGAAGUAGAAGAGCUUCUGAGCAAGAAAGAAGAGAAUGAGGAUCAUAUUGACAUACAAAGCAAACAAUGGAAGCUAGAUAGAGACUUGUUCACAGAACAGACAGAAAGAGAUGUGUCAGACAGAUAUGAGAUAGACAGCAAAAUGGCUGAACUGAAGGUACUGAACACUGUGAACCUGGCCAAGUUAGAGAAGGUGAUUGUGGACUGUACAAGGAUGUUAGCUGAGAAUGAAAGGGAGAGAAAUGUGUUAAAGGAACAGAGAGAAAACUUAGUGGCAGACAAAGAAAAGAUCGAAAUCCAAAUGACAAACCUGAAGAUGCAGAACAUACUGAGGUUGGGCAAGAUAGGAAAGUUGACAGUUAAGAACACAAGACUGUUAGCUGAGAAUGAAAAGGCCAUGGAUGUGUUAGAGAAAGAGAAAGAACAUGCAGCAGCAGACAGACAAACAUUGCUGCACAAGAUAGCAGAGGAGGAAUUUGUGUACCUGGCCAAGGUGGAGACGGGGACAGUGGAGAUCAACAGACUGUCAGAUGAGAAUGAAAAGGUGGACAGGGUCAGAGAGAGGAACAGAUGGAAGUGUAUCAGAAAGGGUUUGGAGACAGCAUUGGCCAAAGCAGAACAGGACAAGAAUCAGACCCUAGAAGCCUGGAAGAAGGAAAGGGGGGCAUGGGCCAGGGUCACCGCUUGUCUGCAAAGUCUCUGGGAUCAACGAGGAGAAAGAUGGAUGAAGGAGAAGGAGAAGAUAAAAGAGAAGAGCACACAGGCAGCAGAGAAGUGGAUGACUGAGCUGAGAAAGAAGGAGAGACUGAUAGAGGCUCUGGAAAGAGAAAAGAUGAUGCUUCUGAGCCAGCAUGAAGAUGAGAAGAGGGGAUGGGAGAUGGAAAAGAGUGAAAUGGAAAAGGAGAGGUUGGUGCAGACAGGAGAGUGGGAUAGAAAGAACAGUGAAAUGGAGAAAAUGAAAAAGGAGAAAGACAGAUGGGUGAUAGAAAAGAAAGAUAUGUUGGAGAGGAUGAAGGAUGCACACAUUCAGCUGUAUCACAUGCAGACUGUCCUGAGGUUCAGAGAGCAAGAGCAGACAGAGAAGGAUACUAAGAAAGCCCAGGAAGCAAAGGAGAAGCAGGAGAAAAUAGAAAGGAAAGAAAGAGAGAUCCUGGAGAAAAAGAAAGAGAAAGAGAUGCUCAGAGCCCAAAAAGUAGAGCAUAAGGACAAAGUGAGGGAGAGUAAGGAGAGGUCACAGGCCCUGACAGACCAGGGCAGAGUGACACAGGCCCUGACAGACCGGGGCAGAGUGGCACAGGCCCUGACAGACCGGGACAGAGUGGCACAUGCCCUGACAGACCGGGGCAGAGUGGCACAGGCCCUGACAGACCAGGGCAGAGUGGCACAGGCCCUGACAGACCGGGGCAGAGUGGCACAGGCCCUGACAGACCGGGGCACAGUGGCACAGGCCCUGACAGACCGGGGCAGAGUGGCACAGGCCCUGUUGUGGCUGUAUGGGAGGGCCUGGAUUUGGGCCGUCCAGUACACCAGGACUGAGGAGCGGAAGCUCUCCAGAAGCUCAACUAAAUCCACAUAG